AGCAUGGCAAGUCGCGUUUUCCUGGUGGACAACCUCCACACAGGUUGGAUUUCCAGUCAAUCACGCCAGUUUGGUACAGUUCGCGGUACGGUGAGGUGAUCGUAACUGUGCCAAUAUUAGGUUUUUUCGUCAGAUUUAAAGUACCGUAUAUAAACGUAACCUCAUCGAAAGGAAGAUUAACAUUCCUUGAUAAAAUGUUUUUUCGUUUCACCACUCCCAGUACCUUGCAUAGAUUGAAAGUACAUACGAAAUGUACGAGUUGGACAAAAUGUUUUUACUCCACUAAAAUCGAGUAUAAACCAAUCCGAAGUGUUCUUGUCGCAAACAGAGGAGAGAUAGCUGUACGUGUAUUCAGAGCUUGUAAUGAAUUGGGCAUCAAGUCAGUGGCCAUCUAUUCGAAAGAAGAUAGGUCACAUAUUCAUAGAUUGAAGGCAGAUGAAAGUUACUUAGUUGGUGAUGGCCUGCCACCCGUAGAGGCAUAUUUGAAUAUCCCAGAAAUAAUUAGGAUCUGCAAAGAUCAUGGAAUUGAUGCUGUGCAUCCAGGAUAUGGGUUUUUGUCGGAAAGGUCAGAUUUCGCUCAGGCAGUCAUCGAUGCUGGGAUCAGAUUUAUUGGGCCAUCACCCAGAGUGGUCCAGCAGAUGGGUGACAAAGUGGCGGCAAGAGAAGCUGCCAUCGCAGCCGGUGUACCCAUAGUACCAGGUACUGAUGGACCAAUCACAACCAAAGAAGAGGCCAGAGAAUUUUGUUCAACUUAUGGACUUCCUGUUAUUUUUAAGGCAGCCUAUGGGGGCGGAGGAAGAGGUAUGAGAGUGGUUAGGAAAAUGGAAGAGGUUGAAGAAAACUUCAUAAGAGCAUCAUCAGAGGCGGAGAAAGCCUUUGGAAAUGGUGCUAUGUUCAUCGAGAAGUUCAUAGAAAGACCCAGACACAUAGAGGUUCAGUUACUUGGUGAUAAGGCUGGUAACAUUGUCCAUCUAUAUGAAAGAGACUGUUCUGUACAAAGAAGACAUCAGAAGGUGGUGGAGAUGGCUCCCGCACCUCAUUUGGACCCUGCGAUAAGAAACAAGAUGACUGAUUAUGCUGUUAAAUUGGCGAAACAUGUGGGAUACGAAAAUGCUGGAACCGUUGAAUUCCUUUGUGACAGCAAAGGAAAUUUCUAUUUCAUCGAAGUUAAUGCAAGGCUGCAAGUAGAACAUACCGUAACAGAAGAAAUUACUGGCAUUGACUUGGUACAGUCCCAAAUAAGGAUUGCCGAGGGCAUGACGCUACCAGAAAUGGGCAUUACACAAGAAACUAUUAGACCCGAUGGUUUCGCCAUUCAAUGUCGUGUGACCACUGAAGAUCCUGCCAAAAACUUUCAACCUGACACCGGACGUAUCGAAGUAUUCCGAUCCGGAGAGGGUAUGGGCAUCCGUUUAGAUGGAGCAAGUGCCUUCGCUGGAGCAAUCAUUUCUCCCUAUUAUGAUUCUUUACUCGUCAAAAUCAUAGCUCAUUCCAAAGAUCUCCAAUCUUCCUGCGCGAAAAUGAACAGAGCUCUCAGAGAAUUCAGAGUUAGAGGCGUCAAGACCAAUAUUCCCUUCCUGCUGAACGUACUGGAGAAUCAGAAGUUCUUGAACGGAUCUGUCGAUACCUAUUUCAUAGACGAAAACCCCCAACUCUUCAAAUUCGCACCGACCCAAAACAGGGCUCAAAAACUGCUGAAUUACCUUGCCGAAGUUCUGGUGAAUGGACCACAGACGCCUUUGGCUACAAGUUUGAAACCGAGCGAGAUAAAACCACAUGUGCCUGAUGUGUCCAGGGAGUACUUGGGCCCUAAAUGUCCAGAAAGUAAUAAACCACCAAAGGGACUCCGUCAAAUCUACAAGGAACAAGGUCCAGAGGCCUUCGCGAAAGAGGUCAGAUCCAGGAAGAACCUUCUUCUGAUGGACACCACCUUCAGGGACGCCCAUCAAUCGCUUCUCGCUACCAGGGUCAGAACCCACGAUUUGCUAAAGAUAUCACCCUUCGUUGCGCACAAUUUUAGCCAAUUGUAUUCCAUGGAGAACUGGGGAGGCGCCACCUUCGACGUAGCCCUAAGAUUCUUGCACGAAUGUCCCUGGGAGCGAUUGGAAGAGAUGAGGGCUUUGAUACCCAACGUACCUUUCCAGAUGUUGCUCAGAGGAGCGAAUGCGGUUGGGUAUACAAAUUAUCCAGACAACGUAGUGUAUAAAUUCUGUGAUUUGGCGGUUCAAACCGGAAUGGACAUAUUCAGGGUAUUCGACUCUCUUAACUACUUGCCCAACAUUCUUGUAGGUAUGGAAGCUGCCGGCAAGGCCGGGGGUAUAGUGGAAGGUACAAUUUCAUAUUCCGGUGAUGUAAGCGACCCAAAGAAGAAAAAAUACGACCUAAAUUACUACUUGAAACUGGCCGAGGAGUUGGUUAAGGCUGGUACGCACGUGCUGGCCAUCAAAGAUAUGGCGGGUUUGCUUAAACCAAAAGCUGGAAAACUCUUGGUGACUGCCCUUCGUGAUAAGUAUCCAGACCUCCCGAUACAUAUCCAUACUCACGAUACUAGUGGAGCAGGAGUAGCAGCGAUGUUGGCUUGUGCAGAGGCUGGAGCAGAUGUGGUGGAUGUUGCUGUUGACUCGAUGUCAGGUCUGACCAGUCAGCCAUCUAUGGGAGCUAUUGUUGCCAGUUUGCAGGGUACAGUUUUGGACACUGGCUUGGCACUGGACAAAAUAUCCGAAUAUUCAGCUUAUUGGGAACAAACCAGAACCUUGUACGGGCCUUUCGAAUGCACUACCACCAUGAGAAGUGGAAACGCUGACGUAUACAACAAUGAAAUCCCCGGUGGACAAUACACUAACCUCCAAUUCCAAGCCUAUUCCUUAGGCCUUGGAGACUUCUUCGAGGAUGUCAAAAAAGCAUACGCUGAAGCGAAUCAACUCCUCGGCGACAUAAUCAAAGUAACGCCAAGCUCUAAGGUAGUAGGAGACCUCGCCCAAUUCAUGGUACAGAACAAACUGAAGAGUCAAGACGUUCUGGAUAGAGCUGAGGAACUCUCCUUCCCCAAGUCGGUUGUGGAAUAUCUACAGGGUCACAUCGGGCAACCUUACGGAGGUUUCCCAGAACCUCUCCGGUCUAAAGUUCUCAGAGACAUGCCCAGAAUCGAAGGCAGACCCGGCGCUUCCUUGGCACCCUUCGAUUUCAAAAAACUUAGCACAGAUCUGAAAGAAACCUUCCCCAACUCCAACGAUAGAGACGUUGUUUCGGCGGCUCUUUAUCCUCAAGUAACCAACGAGUAUCUGGCCUUCAAAGAGAAAUUCGGCCCCGUAGACAAACUAGACACUAGAAUAUUCCUGGUGGGACCCAAAGUAGGCGAAGAAUUCGAAGUGACAAUCGAACAAGGAAAGACCCUGGGUAUCAAGACCUUAGCCAUGGCUGAAGAUCUGACUGAAAACGGAGAAAGAGAAGUAUUCUUCGAGCUGAACGGAACCCUCAGAUCCGUUUAUAUAAGAGACAAAGACGCAGGUAAAGAAAUCGAGGUACAUCCGAAAGCGAACAAAGCAAACAAAAACGAAGUUGGAGCGCCAAUGCCCGGACAAGUUAUAGACAUCAGAAUCAAAGUAGGGGAUAAAGUUGAGAAAGGUACUCCCUUGGUGAUUCUUUCAGCGAUGAAGAUGGAGACUGUUGUACAGAGUCCUGUAGCGGGAAUCGUCAAGACGAUCGACGUCAACAUGGGCAUGAAAUUAGAAGCUGAAGACUUAUUGAUCACAGUUGAGUAGACACGAUUCAUCCCACCUCACACCCUUAAAAAUUUUAUUCCGAUUAAACUUCUUGUUGGUCCUUCUUGUUAAGUUUGUGAUUUAUUUGUACAGUUUUAUACUGAUUCCUAGUAAUUGUUCCAAGAUAUUCGAAAUUUUUUGUUGAUUGUUAUAUACCACUUUUGUUACAAAUAUAUAUUUUUAUAUACAUAA